UAAUUAUUAUACCCCAAUGACUCCAAUGUAACUAUUACAGAAAUGUAUAGAUCAAUAACAAACAAGCCAGAAAUUCCCUAACGGGAAUGUUCCGAGUCAAGAACGUUUUUAGGAGAAAUAUUCGGUUCGGUAACCGAAUGUCCUUGACAAGGUCCAGUCGGGAACCGUGCAACGGUAUGGGAACAGGUUGGACACACGGACAGACGGACCGACUAGCACAGUUAGCUGCUGCCACCAUAACUGGGUCAUCAUAUAUAUAUAGUGAAGUUCAAGGCGCAACACUCAUUGCCAGUUAAACUCUCGCACAAGCAACACGCACUUUCACCGGUGACGAUUGAAGAUAACGUGAUUCAGUGUUAGUGAUAUACCCCCAUCGAGAAAAGAUGCAUCACAAAGUGACAGGAUGGGCGCUGCUGGCGCUAAUAAGCUCCUCCAUGAUCCUCCACACGCUCGCGUAUCCACAACAGCAUGUCCCUCUCAUAUCACAGGCAACAAGUAGUGUGAGAACGCACAAUCCUCAAUACUACAGCAACUCAUUACCAGUACCACAACAGGAGCAAGCUCAAGAGCGUAAAUUCGCAGAGAAACCUAAUGCUUUGAAAAAAGUUGCUCUGGAUGACAUUGAUGACAUACAGACCAACUCUAUUUCCGAAGGGGGCUUCUCAUGGUCUAACAUGCUUGGUAUGCUAAUGCAAAUGUUUUUCAACCCCGGUACAACAGGACCUAAUAAAAGUGACAACAUCGAUACCGACGCUGUUUCGUCAUCACCUUGGGCUAACUUACUGUCUAUAGGCCUCAAAUUCUUGACCGCUAUCCUCGGAGGUGGAGCUUCCAGCGAUGGUAUUGAUAAAGUAGACAACGGCUCUUCCCCCAUGCAGGGUAUAUUGGCUGCGGUUCUGUCGUCGAUGCUCGGUGCAAAUGAUCCCGAUCGUGUCGCCUCCAUGGCAAAGCAGGCUGGAGAGUUCAUCAACAUCGUCGUAAAUCUCUUGGACGCCUUGAAGACCUCAUUCUCUCAUAGGUCGCUGGCUGCGCGGUCAAUGGGCCGCAAGGACUCAGUCAGUGACGCAGCACUAGCCGGCAUUGCUAUGUUCAAAACCUACGUAAGAUCCUUCGGAACCGAUGACGACAAGUGUCUGCAGAAGUACGUCUGCGAUGCUAACAACGAGUGCGCUGAUGACAUUGGCCCCAAGAGUGUGUUCUGUCAAUUCGGAACAUACGCUGCCAGUUUCGUGUUGGAAAGGCAAUCCGGUGGUACUUUUAACGACUUCUACGAAGCCGGUCGCCGAGGGCGCUCUGGAGUGGACUGUCGCCAAAUGUAUCUACAGUGCAAUGAAGUUUAAUUUCAACAGCAAAACCGCCAAAUUAUAAUUAAGUGCGACUUCAAAAUUAGUGAUAACAAAUAAUUUCCAAAGUUCUGCCUUUUGGAGAUGGCUAUUCCUCAUUAGUCUGUUUUGGCCUUAACAUUUUUAUGAAAACUAUGAGAAUACUUUAGAGAAAUGGUUUAACUUUUAGAUCGGUGGGUACAUAAAUAAGAGUAUUAAACUACAAAGACGCAAUAAACUUUUUUUGGUUUGUGCUUAAACUUAUCCCAUCGCACUUAUAAAUCAGCGUCGAGUAGUGUUUAAAUAAUUUAUUAAAUUAUUUAUUUAUUUAAUUUAUUUUAGAAAUAAAUGAGUAAACGGUAAAAUUUGUCCCACAUUAUUAUACGGUCCAUUCCAUAUGUCUUAGAAAUGAGUAUUGUAGAAUGUUGUGUAAUUGGCACAUUGUUUAUUGUAUAAACGAUGAAAUAUUCCGCCAGUUUCUCGAUAAUUGACGACUGAUGUAAAAAGUUAUAUGUGAUAUAAAUAUUUAUUUAUAUCACUUAAUAGUUAGUAUUUAUGUAUAUUUUGUGUGACUGUGUGAUUGAGGACGUCCUUGUGUGUUUGUGAUUGUAAAAUAAAUAACAAUAAUAAUUUA